AUGGGAGAGUCACUAGACUUUCGGCCAGUUUGCUAUGAGGAACCCCGGCACUGGUGCUCAGUUGCUUACUAUGAACUGAACAAUCGAAUUGGUGAGACGUUCCAGGCUUCCUCCCGAAGUGUACUUAUAGAUGGAUUCACAGACCCUUCAAAUAACAGGAACAGAUUCUGCCUUGGACUUCUUUCUAAUGUAAACAGAAACUCAACAAUAGAAAAUACCAGGAGACACAUAGGAAAGGGUGUGCAUUUAUAUUAUGUCGGGGGAGAGGUCUAUGCUGAGUGUGUGAGCGACAGCAGCAUCUUUGUCCAGAGCCGGAACUGCAACUAUCAGCAUGGUUUCCACCUAGCCACUGUCUGCAAGAUCCCCAGUGGUUGUAGCCUCAAGAUCUUCAGCAACCAGCUCUUUGCUCAGCUACUUGCUCAGUCAGUUCACCAUGGAUUUGAAGUCGUCUAUGAGUUAACUAAGAUGUGCACUAUCCGGAUGAGUUUUGUUAAGGGCUGGGGAGCUGAGUACCAUCGCCAGGAUGUCACGAGCACCCCUUGCUGGAUUGAGAUUCAUCUUCACGGGCCACUGCAGUGGUUGGACAAAGUUCUGACUCAAAUGGGCUCUCCACAUAACCCGAUUUCUUCAGUGUCUUAAUAGUUAGAUCUUAAUCCCCACUUUUAUAGAACAGAUGCUGUUGCAGGCAGUGGCUUAUAUCAUUUCAGAUUUGCAACUAAAGUGUCUAAGUAUAUGUGUAAAUACAUAUAAUAUAUACUGUUCAUCUAUUUUAUCACCAUUUGUUGUCUGCUUUCUAGUUAAGCUGAUGCCAUUAGAAAAGCAGGUUUUUUUGGGCCUAUGAUGUAAGAAGUAGCAGCUUUAUUUGUGGGAGGAAACAAAGAAAGGCAACUCUGUCAAUAGUAUUUAAAGGGUGUUGGCAGAAUAAAAGGCAGCUUUAGUCAGCCAUGUCAAUAUAAAGCAGGUUGUGUGGCCUACCAGAAAAAUACAAAACUGUUUAUAUAGCAAAAAUCGGGUACUAGCAGCACUAGAGUAAAUAACGCUUUUAGACAAAAUGUAGCAAUCAAACUCAUUUAAUUUAAAUGAUUUCACGUUAGUACUAUUGGCAAGAAAAAAUAACAAGUUUAUAUAAUCAAUUAUGUAAGAUAAGACACAUAAACUUUAUUUCUGAAGUUGAAAUACUUAUACCUGGACAAUUGUGCUCAUAUUAAGGGUUCAUUUUAAACAAAUUUAAACUGUGAUUGGAAAAGAAACUGUGAAGCUGAAGUCAUGUUCCCUCAUACUCUACGACUGUAAAAAAGCAAUGAGUCUAAUAUGGCAAGAUAAAUAUGAAAAUAGCAUGAAAUGAGCUAUGUUCCCAAACUGUAAGACCAGAACUUAGUCCCAGAAUCACCCAAGGAGAUUCCUGCUUUCCACAUAGGAAACGAGGCUCAUGUUUUGAUGGCUGUUCAUGCAGGCAGUCCUGCAGACUUUUGAGUCUGCACAGGGAGCUCUAAGACCAUGUGUGUAGGUCCUGUAGGAAGAAGAAGCAGGUAAUAACAGGAGGGUUGGACAAAAGCAUCAUAUGUUUACUUACACCUUCUCACAUUCCCACAUUAAAAGUCUCUGGGCGACGGCCCUCCUUUUGCCUUAUUUACCUCACUUGUUGGCAAAUAUUAACUAUUUAUAGGUUACUAAAACAAUGGUGAAGAUUUUUGAGAAAAUCAAGACACGUUACUGAGAUCAAUUUCUGAGUUAUUUAACUUAGUGUCUCUAUUGAAUAAAUUAUCUACUGGUCAAAUCUGGUAGGCUCUUAUAAAGCUAAUUCUCACACCUGGAAAUAACUUCCCAAGUAAAGUGAUAAUAAUUUCAUAAUCUCUACAAUUUCUGGGGAACAGUAGUAUUGAAUAAUAGGACAUUUAAAAAACACACAAUAUUAAAAAACCUGUUCUUAUUUACCCUUGGAUAAUAAAGAGGAAAAUCCCCCAAAUUUCUAGGUACUCAUAUAUGUAAAUAUAAAUCCCACCCACUAAACACUGCAUUGCUUAAAAAAAUAUAUUACACCCUUUUAAAAAUGUAUAAUUUAAGAAGGCAAUUAUGCUUUUAACAGAUGGUACUUCAGUAAUCCAAGAGGUUUCUUCAUUUAUACACUCUAUCUCAACUCUUUGUAGCUUAGUGAACACACUAGUUAUUUCUCAUUAAAUUAUAUUCAAGGUAGAAAUGAUGUGAAAAAGAUGAGUGACUUACUACUGUCACCUCUUAUGACUAGUGUUAUAUAAUAGAAACUUUCAUAUAUACAGUAGAAAAUAAAUAUUACAUUUUACAUGAAGACUAGGUAACCCAUUUAGUGUAGUUCAUUGUUCAUCAACUAUGUAUUGUGCAUCUGUAUAUGCCAGGUACAAUGUUAGGUGCUGUAGAAUCAAAUGUAAACAAGAGACAGCCCAGCCCUUGGGUUGAGAGUCUAAUAUUAUAUCUAUUUGUGUAGACAUCCUCAUAAUCCAGAACUUGCAAAACAAAACAGAACAUACCAUCUUCCUUAGCUUAAAAAGUGUAUUGGUUUCUUAAUUAUCUCUUUUGAAUCAUUUCCCUUCUCUUCUGAUCAUUUAGGUAAUGGAUGAAGGCUUCCUUGGGUAAAUGCUAUUUUUCUUCUGUCUAAAAAAGUAGGUUUUCUCCUCCUGUUCCUUCUACUUUCUAAUAGUUUUCCAUCUCCCCUUUUCCCCGGAAAGGGCAUUAAUAUGGUUGGUGAAUCUUUCUCAUAAGUGUAUCAUUCCAUGAGAGAACAGCAAGUAUGCCACAUGGUUUUUGAUCCAGAGAUCAAAUAUAGCUUUCUUUCUUUUUUUAAAAAAAAAACCCUUUAUUGUUCACAUUAUUACAGUUGUUCC